UCGAUUGCAUGAACAGCAAUUGGCAUCCUCUGAUAUCGAUUGGCGGCAAAACCAUUUUUAUUUAUUUCUUUAAUUGUUUUGCCCAAUAUUUCUUCCUUGAAUAUCUGUUUGUCAGUUCGAAUUUUCGGAUUUACCGGCCGGUAGAAUGAUAAUUGAGAAGAAGCAUCCGCUGGACAACUGCCAGUUAUUUGUCCAGCUGAGGAAAUGCCUUCUUGACCAUUGCGGGAACUCCAAGAAGCUGCAGGGCAUGAUGUACUGGAGCGGGAAUGAGGAUGACAUCAACAAGGUUUGCAUUUUGGUGAACAACUUACUAAAGGAGCAUGAACUUGUGCUCCAGGAAUCACAUGCUAAGAAUCCCGAUGAGCUGGUUACCCGCCCAAAUGGCUCGGCCGCAAUGAAUCACUUGCGUGGUCUUCUAGUCUAUAUAAUAUUGAAUUCUGCUACAGAACAAUCUUCAAACUGGAGUUCCCAAGUUAUCCAUUUGUGCAGGCAGCUCCCAACAUUUCCACAGUUCUUGACCCUAGCGAUAGCCCUGAACUGUGGCCUGCAGCAGCCCCUGGAGGAGUUCUUAGCCUAUGGACCUCGCUGGCUGACCUAUCAGUAUUUUGAGACAUUUAAUGAUGCUAUCUCGCACAUUCGACAGGAUCGCUUCGAUGCCUUGCCAAUGGUCUUUGGCGUUCUAAAGGCAGCCAGUCGGAGCAUUUAUCGUCAUAAUCUGCCCGAAAAGAAUAAGCAACUGCUGCGGGUAAUGGCCAGCAUGCUGCAACGUCAUUUUUUGGACACGAAUGAGCGUCUUUCCGAGGCACUGCCACGUGGAGCCAAAAGGCGUAGAUAUGUGGCCGUUGUCAUGCAACAGAUGCUAGCAGUCCUUUUGGAAACCCUAGCCGACCCAAAAGAGAGCGAAAAGCCAGAGUGCUUCACAAUCUACAGCCAAAUGAGUAUGGACAUCAGUAGCAGCUACUCAAACGAUCACACAGAUCUGAGACUUUUUGCAAUGCUUCUGCUAGACGCCGCGGAGCGCAUUAUGCAGCUUAUCACCGUGGAUAUGUUUAUGUAUUGGCUAGAGAUUCCCUCGGAAGUCUUGUUAUACAGCUACCAGGAACUUAUAUGCUGCCAGGCGUCCGAACUGCUUAAACUAGUCGAACACGAUGAGGAACUGAAGCAGCAUGCUGUUUGCAAACAGUUGAAAAGCUUUGCAGAGGCAGCCAAAAGUUAUAAAGAACGCCUGGCGGAGCUGACUAUUGGUGAUCUAUUGCACUUCCUCGAUAACGAUCGUGGCGAGGCCACCGACGAGCAGCUAGUCGCCGGUCUGGACAAUCUUUUUGACCGAUCCAUAGCCUUUGGCAACGAUGAGUGCGUGGAAACGAUUGCAACUCAUUUAAGACUACUCACCAAGGAUCAUGCUCUCAAGAUACUCACACAUUUGGGCCAGGUGGUGGAAUCGAAAAUGGUGACAGAAGAUGAAGGAAUCUCCGUAACAGAAAUUAAGCAGGAAAUAGACGAGGAUAAGGAUAUGGAAGAGACCAUGUCCGUUAGCGGGGAUGAAGACGAGUAUAAGAGUCUGCUAAACUCAGUAUUGCGCCCAGUAUUCAAGAAUUUAAGUUCUCUGGAUAAGAUCCAAGUGUUGCAAACACGCGAUAUGCUCCAUGUGACGGAAAACUUUAAUUUCGAAAAUGCCGAUCACCAGGAACGUCGCAUACGUUUCUUUAAUCGUUUGGAUCCAAACAAGGAAUUCCCAUUGGUCGAAUUUCUAGAGCUGUGCUAUGAGAACGCCAAGCAGACUUGGAUGGAUUUCGCCCGCCUGGCCGUAACAACCUAUCGCUUUAUGCUCUUUUUCUGGCGCCUGGCCGUACAUUGUUGCCCAAAACAUGCUGUUUUCCAUAUUUCCGACUGUGCAAACGAAUUCUUACAAGAUGAGGAACUACUGCUGAAACCGAAUGCUAUGCGCUUUCUACUAACCUUGUAUGGCCAUCGUCAGAUUCUCAAUGGCCUGUAUAUGGCAUCGCGCAAACUUUGCGUACGCCUGGGAGACGGUUUCUGUCCGUAUGAAAAGGAGCAGCUGAAGCAGGCACAAGAUAAAUUUCUAAUGGCCUGUGCCGCCGGUCUGGCCAAGUUUAGUGAGCCCUUAAAUUAUACCAGCCUGCAGUUGAUAUUGCUGCUGCUUAUGAAGAUUUCGGUGGCAGAGGAGAAGUUAAUUUUUUAUGGGCUCAAAGAGUUGCUUAAACUUAAAAAGGUUUACACGCAAAACGAGGGCAAAGAUUCAACGAUUAUCAAGGAGGCUAAAGAUUAUAUAGAUAUGCACGCCUGUUUGCCCGAAUGGCGUCAGGAGAACUGGCCUCUAAUCUCUCAAUUGAUGGUGACCAUAGAUGCUUUACGCUGGGACUUGACCAACUACGAAAAGGUCCGCGUGGAUACCUUGGGCUUGGCUUUGCGAUACUGGGGCAAGGGUAUAUCCCAUAUGAAGAUCCUGAGCGUGGAAUUCCGACAGAAAAUCAUAAAUCUGGCAAGCAAUUUGAGGCACAAAGACUUUUGGGUGGUAAACCUGGAAGAAACGGGCUCCACCUAUAACCGGCGAUUCAUUAGUUUGAUAACACAGGCCAGUGGAUUAGAGGCCACUCGUAUUUUUGCCAAGGUCCUGUUAAGCCGCACCGACUGCUCUCUUAUGGGUGAACUAAGCGAUGCCGUGGUUGAGGCUAACUGCCAGUCUGCUUUGCAAGCCUUUAAAUACCUCUUCCGAAAAUAUUUGAUCGCCUAUCGUCAUCAUGUCAGAGUUUUUAAACCAAAUAAGAGGCUCCUCCAUUGGGAACAUUUGAUGGCCGUUGUGGCCAAAGCUCCAAUCUCGAUUCGCGAAUAUAUCAAGGAUGAAGCUCAUCGCGCGUUCGCAACGCGUUUGCGCAUUACGGCUGUCAAAAACAAACCAGAAACGAUGAACCGAGAGUCUAAGGAAACCAAGAACAUCGUUUAAUUUAAUAUAACUAAACAAAAGCAAUGUGCCGCCCUUUGUCUAACAUUUAGAGCAUUUGUAAGCGGCGUUAUACUUUGUGACUACAUAUAAAAGAUGGAAUGUAUUAUCUUAUACAUUCUCAUGGAACACAAGAAUAAUUUAAUAUCAAAUUAUUUUUCAUACUUGUAAUAUCCUUUAAAAGGAUGACGAAAAGGGAUGAAUCUGAAAAUAUAUAAAUAUUAUAUACA